CUUCACGUGACUUGCCUGGUCCUUUUUCAAGGUGCCACUCAUGAAUUCGAGCUGGGUAUCGACAACGAGUGGAGCAACGGACAAAAGUGCGAUAACCGGACAGACACAGAUAGAAGACUGCAUUCACCUGGAUCUGUAAUAUCUAGCCAUGGUUCUCGCUGACUUGGGACGGCGGAUUAACUCCGCGAUGUCGGAGCUGACGCGGUCGAAUGUGGUUGAUGAAAAGGCGGUCGACAAUAUGCUCAGAGAAGUCUGCUCGGCUUUGCUUGAGUCGGAUGUGAACAUCAAACUGGUUGCGACGCUUCGAAACAACAUCAAGAAGAAAAUCAAUUUCAAAGAACUCGGACCGAACGUGAACCGCCGACGGAUUGCGCAAAAGGCGAUUUUCGACGAACUCUGCGCGCUCGUCGAUCCGCAUGUGGACGAGAAAGGCGACGGCGGGUUCAAGCCGCGGAAGGACCGCUGCAACGUGAUUAUGUUUGUCGGUCUGCAGGGCGCGGGUAAGACUACCUCGUGCACCAAGCUGGCGCUGUGGUAUCACCGGCGCGGGUUCAAGGUCGGCCUCGUCUGCGCCGAUACGUUCCGUGCCGGUGCGUUUGACCAGCUUAAGCAGAACGCUAUAAAGGCCAAGAUCCCGUACUAUGGUUCGUACACGGAGACCGAUCCCGUCGUUGUUGCGGCGGAGGGUGUCGCUCGCUUCAAGCAGGAGAAGUUCAAUCUGAUUAUCGUCGAUACCUCUGGUCGACAUCGGCAGGAGACCGAGCUGUUUGCGGAGAUGGUGCAGAUUUCGCAGACGGUCAAGCCAAACCAGACGAUCAUGGUUCUCGACGCCUCGAUCGGUCAGGCGGCCGAGUCGCAGUCCAAGGCGUUCAAGGAGUCCUCCGAUUUCGGCGCAAUCAUCCUCACAAAGAUGGACGGUCACGCCAAGGGCGGUGGUGCGAUUUCUGCGGUUGCGGCCACAAACACGCCGAUUGUGUUUAUCGGUACGGGAGAGCAUAUCCACGACAUUGAGCCAUUCACGCCCGAGCAGUUUGUUUCGAAGCUGCUUGGGAUGGGCGAUAUGAAGGGAUUGGUCGACCACGUCAAGACGCUGAACCUCGACCAGAAGGAGACGAUGAAGCAUAUCGAGCAAGGAAUUUUCACCGUUCGCGAUCUGCGCGAUCAGAUGAGUAACAUUAUGAAGAUGGGGCCGUUAUCGAAAAUGGCGGGUAUGAUUCCGGGAAUGAGCCAGAUGAUGGGCCAGAUUGGAGAGGAAGAGAGCGACAACAGAUUCAAGCGGAUGAUGUAUAUUAUGGAUUCGAUGACCGAGAAAGAACUGGACAGCGACGGCAAAAUCUUCGUCGCAGAACCGACUCGAAUCACGCGCGUCGCCAAAGGCAGCGGCACCUCAGUCGUGGAAGUCGAGCAGCUCUUAUCGCAGCAACGAACAAUGGCAAAGAUGGUCAAGCAAGUCGGCGGCAAGAAAGCCAGACCAAAAAUGAAAAGACUGCGCGCGUGAGUUUUUGGUUAGAUCGUUUUGUUGUUUUGUUUUGUAUAUUUAGAGGCUCUGUUUGGUUUCUUUUUAUAGCGUAAGAGAUGUCUGCGCAUGAAAUAUGAAUGUAAUCAAUUAUAAU